AUGUCUCAGGGUAUAUUAGAUGGGUCUCAGGAUUACGUAGCCCGAUCCACGCUGCAACAAUGGACAGCUGCUCGUGUGGAACAGCAGGGUCCGUUGCUGGUUCUUAGUCCACAUUCGGAUCAGGUGCUGUGGAAAAAACCAGCGCUACACACUACCAAAGUAAACGUGGAUGGUGCCAUCUUUGCGGAUGAACGCAGGUACGGCUUUGGGUGCAUAGCUCGUGGGGCUGAUGGGAAGAUAAUUGAAGCUUUUUCGGGUAGCAGGUUUGGUGUUGUGGGGCCUGAGAUUGCUGAAGUUAUCGGGGUGAAGGAAGCGCUGAGUUGGAUCAAGCGUAAGGGGUGGUCGAAGGUGGAGAUUGAGACGGAUUCGCUUGUGGUGGUGCAGGCUGUCACGGGCUCAGUUCAGAUGCCUUCGCAGUUUGGUUUUUUGGUACAAGAUUGUCGUAAUUUACUUUCUUGUAUUAGUCAUGUGUCUUUACACUUUGUUAAACGGUCUGCUAAUAGGGCGGCUCAUUGCCUUGCUAGAGCGUCUUGUUACCAUUUAGAUCGUAUUGUUAGUGAGCAUACUGCUCCUCUUGAACUCAAGUCUAUUGUUGAUGUUGAAUGUUUAUGA